CUCUUUCAUCAAUCGCACUAUGAAUUAAAGCGCGAUAGAUAUAGGAACUAGUUCCAAUAGUUUGUUUUUGGGAGUGCUCUUCUGAACUAGUUCGUUCGUGAACUACACAAGUCUGUAAUUGAUUGUUUAUUUAAUGUAGUAUUGGAUUGCAAGUAUAUUCUUUGCUUUCAUUUACUUUUCAGUAGGUCAUAGCACAGUUAAUACGAGAUCCACUGCAUGUGGCAUGUGGUAGUAAAUAAUAAGAUAUAAAUAUAAUCUCAUAUAACAAGAAAUAUACUUUUAUAGAAUUGUUUGGUAUCAUCUUUUAAACCUAUAUAACCACAAUGAAGCCGCCUUAUAAGAUAGCUGAUGAGAAGUUAGCUGAACUAGGCAGAAAAGAAAUUAUGUUGGCAGAAAAGGAAAUGCCAGGAUUAAUGGCAUGCCGUCGCAAAUAUGCUCCAAGUAAAAUCUUGAAAGGGGCAAGAAUAGCUGGCAGUCUGCAUAUGACUGUGCAAACUGCUGUUCUUAUUGAAACUCUAAUAGAACUUGGAGCAGAAGUGCAAUGGUCUAGUAGUAAUAUUUAUAGCACUCAAGAUGAAGCUGCUGCAGCACUCGUAGCAGCAGGGAUACCCAUAUAUGCAUGGAAGGGAGAGACUGAAGAGGAAUAUGUAUGGUGCAUUGAACAAACUCUUAUUUUCUCUGAUGGAAAGCCCCUGAAUAUGAUUUUGGAUGAUGGAGGAGACUUAACUAACCUAGUGCACACAAAAUAUCCACAGCUUCUGGAGGGUGUCAAGGGUCUUUCAGAAGAAACUACAACUGGAGUACAUAAUUUGUAUAAAAUGUAUAAAGAAGGCUCGCUGAAAGUCCCAGCUAUAAAUGUUAAUGAUUCAGUCACUAAAAGCAAAUUUGAUAAUUUGUAUGGAUGCAGAGAAUCAUUGCUUGAUGGUAUUAAAAGAGCUACAGAUAUAAUGAUUGCAGGAAAAGUAUGUGUAGUUGCAGGUUAUGGGGAUGUAGGUAAAGGUUGCGCGCAAGCUUUUAAAGGAUUCGGUGGACGUGUAAUUGUGACUGAGAUAGAUCCUAUAAAUGCUCUUCAAGCUGCAAUGGAAGGCUUCCAGGUUACCACCAUGGAUGAAGCUGCUGAGUUAGGUCAAAUCUUUGUAACAACAACUGGUAAUAUAGACAUAAUAUAUAAGGACCAUUUCCUAAAAAUGAAAGAUGAUGCAAUUGUGUGCAACAUUGGUCACUUUGACUGUGAAGUUGAUGUAGCGUGGCUUGAGAAAAACGCGAAGAAACUUAAUAUUAAACCUCAAGUUGACCGCUAUGAACUAGAAAAUGGGAACCAUAUAAUAGUACUUGCAGCAGGAAGGCUGGUCAAUCUUGGAUGUGCCACAGGACAUUCGUCUUUUGUUAUGUCCAACUCCUUUACUAAUCAAGUAUUGGCUCAAAUUGAGUUAUGGACUAAGCAUAAUAUAUAUCCUAUUGGUGUUCACACUCUUCCAAAGAAAUUAGAUGAGGAAGUUGCUUCUCUUCAUUUGGAACACCUUGGUGUAAAGCUUACUAAGCUCACUCCUAAACAAGCUAAAUAUAUAGGUGUGUCAGUGGAAGGACCAUACAAGCCAGAUCACUACAGAUAUUAAAUAUUUUUAAAUUGAGUUGAGAUAUUAACAAGAUCUUUCUCGUGUCAUGAAAAACUCAGCAACGACAAAAAAGCCUUAUAUCCGUGAAUUACAUUACAAUGUUUACAGUACAUAACAAAUUAUAAAUGUGUAACAAUAACUGUUACAUGCUAUUUCCGUGGCCCAUACUCACCUUUAAGAAUAAGCAUCUUUACAUAAUGGAUAGUUAAUCCCAUUGUUGUUUUAUACUGAUUAAUUGUCUAAUAAAGAUUAAAUAAUAAUAAACAGACAUCGAGCCAAUUUAUUAAGAAUAUUAUUGUAAAAACAUUGCACAAAGAGUUGAAUGUUUUAAAAACUUGCUUCUCAGUACAGAUCUGCAUAAAAAAUACGGAUGAUGUGCAGUUAGAGCAUUGUAACUACCCCAAUGAAUGUGAUGAACCCUAAUGAAUAAAUGAAAAAUCUUGCCCACCCUGCACAUUAUCCGUAUUAGUACUAUUUGAAAUAAAUAAGAUGAAUUUACUCAAAAGAUGUAUCUUCAAGUUAAUGAUUAAAUUCCUGCUUUGUUUAAUUAUUGCUUAUAAUAAAAAAGGGAAUUAAUAGUUUUAUAGUAAUGCCAAUGAAAACAUAAACGUUCAAAAAAUGCAAAGUGAAAAACAAUUUGCAAAUAACCAAGGUAAUUCUACUUGUACUUAAAAUAUGAUAUAUUUAUGCAAAGUUAUGAUGCCAGUUCUAAUUAUAUAUAUAUUAUGUAUGUUAUAUAUAUAAUCUCUGAAUUUAAAGCCAAACUUUAACAUUAAAAACCAACAACAAUAACUAACAGUAAU